AUGACAAUCAAUGGCCACGUCUCUGAGCCUGAAGACAAGCACGAAUCCAUCAGCGUCUACAAUGCAAAAUCCGUGUCAGAGAUUCGUGCUGCACUGGCAGAGCUCCACCAGAAAGAGGCCACCGUAACCUCACAGCUCGAUGCUCUUGUUAACGCACAGAAAGAUCUCCAACGAGAACUUGGUCGUCUCGAUCUAUUCCGCGCAAAUGCGACUGCACAAGCUUCCAAGGCAAGGGCAAUCAGCAAUGGUAUGCUCUCAGACGCUGCCGCCAACGCCAAACGAAUCUCAAAUUCUGUGAAAAGACUGGAUCUCGAGCAGGAGAGGGUCAAGGCGACGCUCACCGUCGUUGAACAGGUUGGGGAGCUGAAGGCAUGUGUGCUGGGCGUCUCCGGGUCUAUGGGAGCGGCCCAGGACUGGGAAACCGCUGCCAGUUAUCUCAGCAGAGCCUCGAAGAUUCCCAGCGCUGUCAUCAAUGGCCCGUUCGCCGCAAGAAUUGUACCCACUGCAGAAGUUCCAGAUGCCCCGGCUGUCACCUUGGAGAAUGCAUCAGAAUCAUUGUGUAGCCUGUUUCUGAGAGAGUUCGACAAAGCAGUCAAGGACAACGACGGCGCCAGAAUAACACGUUUCUUCAAACUUUUCCCUCUCAUCAAUCGCUCUGAUGUUGGCCUCGACGUUUACGGUCGCUAUGUCUGCCAGGGCGUUGCUACUCGGGCGCGAGCAAACCUCAAUGCAGGCACCGGUGGAAAUCAAAGCAAAGAUGGAUUUUUCUAUGCCAACGCCCUGACAAAAUUGUUUGAGCAUAUUGCCCAAAUCAUCGAGGGACACGGUGGCCUGGUCGAGCGCCAUUACGGUGCCGGCAAGAUGGCUCGAGUCAUUGAACGAUUGCAAGUCGAGGCUGAUCUCCAAGGGGGGAUUAUACUGGACACCUGGAGCGACGAGAGAAAGAUUGAACGUCAGCUGACCGACAUCAAGGCAUACGCUUUCACCUUCUUGGUCCAGAGCUUUAUGAAUGCACAGCGAGGCUCAAGCGGAACGCCGCGCGCAGGUUCUCCCGCACCAGGAAGGUCGAGUGAGGAUGAGUCUGUCGAUAUGAAACAGGUGGACGCCUUGCUGAAUGAAAUGACUCUCAUGUUGGGCAAAUGGUCACUGUACACCGGUUUUAUUGCCGAAAAAUGCCACGAUCCCGAUAGUCUCAACGAUUCGCUCCCAAUGCCGCCGUUUCUCCUCGACUCAAACCUGUACAGAAAGGUGCAGGAAAAACUCCUCGCCCCAUUCAACAUCAUGACGACCUUCUUCUUCCGACGCUCAGUUGAGAAGGCCUUCCAGCUAGAUGAGCAACCGCCAGAUCUCUCUCUCAAUCCCCACAAGCCACUCAACUCCAACCCUCCUCACGUCACCUCAGCAAUCGAAGACAUCAUGUACAUCGUCAACAAAGUUCUACAGCAGUCUUUAGCAACAUCGCAAAAGCAGGUCGUCUCUAGCGUCGUUCCAACUCUAGGCAGAAUACUAGGUUCCGAUUUCAUCGGGAUGGAACAGCGCAAGAUGCGCGACGAGAGCUAUCCCAAAGCCGCGAUUCCAGGCCAACUUCCACCGGAAGCGACAAUCGUCUCGUUCCUUGUCCUCAUCAACAAUCUUGACGUAGCUAAGGACUACGUUGUCCAAAUCGCCCGUGCUCGAGUAGAGCCCACCGCAGGCUCACCUCAUCGACCUCUGGCAGAACUCUUCCCCGGGCCUGGAGAGGCCGAAGAAGUUGCAGCCGCCCUGACCUCCUUCGCGUCAGCCUUUUCGGAGAAAACCAAUGAGCUCAUCUCUGACGGCGUGAACGUGGUCUUCCACAACGUCAUGAAGCCUCGUCUGCGACCAAUCCUUAUGGACGCCUUCCGCGACACGGACUACCAGCUCACGCGGGAGCAGUUGCAGGACCUCAUGGGGGAUCUCGACGGCUCAGACGAGACUGAGGCUUUCUCGGACGAAGUUCGCAUGCGUUUCCAACUCGGGUGGGACGCCCUGACGAAACCGAUCGGACGGAUCAUGACCGAGCGCACCUUCGACCAGCUGUUAACCAUCGUGGUGAACUACCUGAGCAAGAUGCUCGAGAAGCGGCUGUGGACGUACCACGGGCGCGUCAACGAGGUCGGGGCGGCGAGGCUGGAGCACGACGUCAACGAAAUCAUCAAGGUGGUGGUCAAGGGCCAGAAGUACGCGCUGCGCGAGGCCUUCCUGCGCUGCAGCCAGAUCUGCAUGAUCAUGAACAUGGACGAGGAGGAGUGGGAGGAGUUGCUGAACUCCGGCGGCGAGGUCGCUGAUAAAUUGAAGUUCGAGGAGCGCGUGAGGGCCCGGAAUAUGGUCAAGGACACUACUGCCUAA